CUGAUUCCUGAAAGAAUUUUUGUUUUUUCUUUGUUUAAACAAAAGUUAUUCACAUGUUUAUCGCGCACGACGUCAUUAGACCUUUUCUUCAUUUGUUUAAUCAAUUAUCUGUUUCGUAUCCAUAGUAAUGACCCAAAAUCGCUCUCAAUCAAUGUCUGUGUUUAUCCUGGCACUUCAUUCAACUUUAUACAGCGAUCAUACUCACUAUUUUACCAUUUUUUAUACAUUUAAGUGCGGUGUUUGUAAAAAUAAGAAAAACCAUGGAGUCGUUAAACUUUAAACCAGUAAAGCCCAUUUUGCAGCCGACGUAUCCACGUCUGCCGCCCGAGCAGACCGAGGUGGACUACCGGAACUCAAGACAGAUCAACGUUUGUGAAUUGGCCGCGCCAGAAUGGGAUAAACCAGCCAAUUGCAUCGACUUGGAGUGGGUGUAUGCGAAGAGGGAUUUGCGGAAUGUGACGCAGUAUCUGAAGAAGACGAGGGCGACUGCCGCCAUCGAGUAUGGCAAGAAUAAUAUCAAGUGGCAUGAGCUGCAGGAGAAGGAGGAGAAUUUGCGGCAGAGUUUUAUCAAGUUCGAACAAUUUGUUCUCGAAAAUGAAGACAAACGCCGCAGGGCUCGACGUAAAAUUGUCGAAGAGAAGCUGUUAUUGGAACAAAGGUGCCACAUGCUCAACUUAGCCCUUGCUGAACAACAGGGCCUUGUCGACGUCAAGCAGAAACUGGAUCAGAAGACGCGGGAGUACCGUAUUUAUGAAGACUUUCUCAAUCAAGUUGUGAUUAGCGACCAGCUACAUUACAAGACAAUUAGCGAUGUCAUCAACAGAUACAUGAUCCUGAUUGAGACCAAGGAUCAAGUUUCAGAGAAGAGGGCAAGGGAUAUGGAUGAAUUGGACCAGGCUAAAAUGCAAUAUGGUUUACUUUUGGACGAAAAAGACCUAGCAGUAAUGAUGCUAAACUCCCAACUAGUCGAACUAGUCGUCCGCCAUGAUCGCGCUCGUAGCCGGGCCCUACAAUGGGAAUCAAUCGUAAUCGAAAUCAAAGACAUCAUCGAACAGAAACACAUGGAACUAAUCGGCGUCAAAGUCUCCAUGUGGAAUAUGUACAAACAAAUGUGUUCCCGCCAGAGUCAACCACAAGUCCUAAGCAAGGACAACUUCGAAGGACAAUUAAUGUUCAUAAAGAAAACUCUCUCAGAACUAAAGAAAGUACGCCAGGUGGUGGAGAAACUCCUCGUCGGGAAGAACUACGUAGGAGUACCCAGAAAGAAGAAAGCCGCGAAGCAUAUCACCAUACAAACAGAACCAGGAGCCAAGAGCCGAAGCAGUAAAAUAGCUCGCGCCAGUCGACCAAGUCACCGACAAUCGGACGUAACAGCAGGUACAGCUGCUAUGAAAACAAAUAGUCUUUUGAAAGCUGAGUCGAAUGAGGAAGCUGGACCAGAACCGGAAAGGAAAAGCAUCAACGUCAUGGUAACACAUUUAUCAUCCGCACAAGUCCAAUGACCAAAUAUAAAAUUUCAAUAAAUAAAUUGAAAUAUUGACGUAGUACAAUACUAGAUACAUAAAUUACAGUUAAAAAUA